AUGGCAACAUGGGGGUCAUAUCUUUCGUCGAUGGUCAAAAAGAAGGUUGAAGAUCCUGUAGCUAUUCCGGCGACAACAUCUACAACGGUAACAGCAGCAGCUGAUCUUACUUUGAAAGAUACUGAUGAUGCCGUCUUGUUACAAUCCUCGAACCUGAAAAAUUCUAAUGAUGUAAAAUCUGAAGCUGCCCCUAAAGGUGCCGAACUCGAUCAAGCAAUUCCUGGAGGAGCCAAAAAGUUAUAUGAUGUUAAAAUUCCUGAGCCGGAACCAGAGCUAAAACCUGUCCCACAAUCCAAUGCUAGUAGAAUUGCAAAGAUGUUUGGGUAUGGCAGUUCUAAACCGUCUGCAAAUCCAGCUCCAAACGAUCCACCGCCAGAAGCAUCAGUUGCUGCAGGUAGCUCAUCAAGCCUGGAGAUAAUGCCUAACUCGGUCCUACCUUCGUCAAUUACAUCAGUAGGCUCACCUAUUCCUACUACCGCUGCAACAAAGCCAUUAUAUUCAAUUCAAGCCGAAAACUCAGCAAACACAGUAAAUCUAGAAAAAUCUUCGACUACUAGAACUACGAUUAAUUUAUCAACUCCAGUGACUCCAGCUAAUAUGUUGACCUCGUCUAUUUCUACACCCUUAAUAUCUAAUGCAAAUUCUGUAAUUUCAACGACCGCAACAGCUAUAUCAGAUUCAGCCAACAUAAUCAAUCCAGCCUUUACUGAACGAAGAGAAAUCCCACAAAAAGUAUCAGAGAUUCCUUCCUUCUUAAAACCAUCGGCUCCUGUCUCGACCUUAUCGCCGUCGGAAAGUUUUCAACUAUUAAUGAAAAAGAAACAAAAUCUUGAGACUGCGACUUCACCAGCAAUCCCUGAAAUGCAAGCAAAUUUAGUGACUGCGACAAACGUAUCAACUGAGAGGAGUAUCGCAAAUUUUCCAACUGCCCCUUCAACCCCCGCAAAUAUGCAAAAUCUAAGCGCUAUAGGUAGUCCGUUCAGGUCGCCAAACUUGCAGUUACCUGGGAGCAACGCAAACUUAGCAAACCUCACGACAGUGGAAAACUCCUCAAUCCAGAUAGCCGGAAUUAAUCAAUCAAAUGUUUUAACUCCGCCACUACGUGUCGGCCAGUCGAACACAGCUGACGCGUCAACUAAAGAUACAGCUGUGGCGACUCAGCAAAAAUCCAGAGUUGGAUCUUGGCUUCCAUGGCCCUCAAAAUCUAACCAGAAAAUUGAAAAUUUGCCGACACCUGAAGUACCUUCAACCUUAGUUGAGACUCCAGUCACGAAUAUCCAGUUUUCUGUCAAUACUCCUUUAAACUAUGAACAGACUGAAAAAGACUUGCUUAUCGUAAACCAAAGUCCGGCAUUAUCCUCGACCUUACUAACUCCCACCCAAUCAGAUUCCCCUCCGACUAAGAUAAGUUCAAUAUCUCUUCUAAGUGGAUUCUCCCCUAUGCGAUCUGACGUGAACUCAUCAUCAAUGGAAGGCCCACCUCAAAGCAGAAUCUCUUCACUAAUUGCCAAUAUAAGAUCCAACCAACCUGAAUAUCAGAGACCUCAGUUGUCACCCUCAGGAUCCCUCAUGUCAUCUUCGUCGACGAAUUUUACGAGAAGCAGCGGUGGCUCGUUUUCAACGUCUCGACGGAGCGUUGAUACGAAUAGAACUUCUAUGGCAUCACUAAGGCUACAAGAAAAUAUUGAGUUUGACGAGAAAUCAAAUGAAACUCGAAAGCAGCGUCUUGACGCUGAGAAUGAAACGCGACAAAAAUUUACAGCCUACAUGCAGUCUAUAGAGCAGAUGCGCAUUGAGAGAGAAGAUAUGGAAAUGGAGCGACAAAAAAUGCUCGACGAGCAGGAAGCGAUUGAGCGUAAUGAAACUGCGCUUAAAGAAAAAGAAGAACAAAUGCGAAUGUUUGUUGAAGACGUAGAACGAGAAAGACUACGCGAGGAGGCAGAAGAGCUUGAGCGACUCCGUCUACAGGAGCUCGAGCAAAUUCGUCUUCAAGAGCUGGAGCGAAUAGAAAAGGAAAGACAAGAGGCCUUGCGACGGGAAAAUGAAGAGAUGGUGCGGAUAGAGCAAGAAAGACAAGAAACUUUGCGACGAGAAAGUGAAGAGAGAGCUCGCACAGAACAAGAGAAACAAGAGGAAUUACAACGGGAAAAAGAGGAGAGAGAACGAAUAGAACAAUUGGCUUUUGAAAAGACAUUGAUGCAAGCUGAGGUCAACAAACAGAUUAGAGCUGCAGAGCUUGAACUAAAACGGGAAGAAGAAUUACAGAGGAAAAUUUCAAAGAAAAGAAAAUCCAAUGAGAUUAAAAGUAAAACACCCGAUACCAAAGAAACUGGAGGAAGUAAUCCUACUAUCUUAGAUUAUGCUUCUGAAAUAGAAGCUGAACGACUACGAUUUGAAGAGGAAGAAGAAGCUAGGGAGCGAGGACUUCAACCCAGUCGGAGAGGCACUGGAGAUGAGACUAUCUACGAUGAGUCGUUUUACGAUGAUUAUCUCGACGAAGAAAUUGAGCGAAAUGAAAACUUUACCGAAGAACAGUCUCUAGCAACCCCACAACCAUCCAAGGAGAGUUUUUUAUCUGAACAAGAUCGUCGGGAAGAGCAAAAGCUGGAAAGACAACGAAAUGAACAGGCCAGCUUGUUACGACAAGAGGAAGCAGAACGGCGGCGUUAUGCUAACGAGCAGGCAGAACGCUAUCGUCAAGAAUCAGAUAACUCGCGUCGUACACAAGAAGACCAGAUCAACAAGCCUCCGACACAGUCGCCUAAUAACAACUCUUCGAGUAUAGCACCACCUUCAAUGAAUCAAUCACCCAGAAUUCCGUCUCAGAUGGGAGCGCAACAAAUGAACCCGCAACGAAUGGGUCCGCAACAGAUGGGUCCGCAACGAAUAGGUCCACAGCAAAUGGGUCCGCAACAGAUGGGCCCGCAACGAAUGGGUCAACAACAGAUGGGUCCACAGCAAAUGGGUCCACAGCGAAUGGGCCCACAGCAAAUGGGUCCGCGUCAAAUGGGUCCACAGCAAAUGGGUCCACAGCAAAUGGGUCCACAGCGAAUGGGCCCACAGCAAAUGGGUCCGCGUCAAAUGGGUCCGCAACAGAUGGGCCCACAGCAAAUGGGUCCGCGUCAAAUGGGCUCACCACAGAUGGGUCCGCAACGAAUGGGCCCACAGCAGAUGGGCUCUCCUCGGAUGGGACCACCGCAAAUGGGUCCGCAACAAAUGGGCUCACCACAGAUGGGUCCGCAACGAAUGGGCCCACAGCAGAUGGGUUCUCCUCGAACUGGGCCACCACAAAUGAGCUCUCCUCGGAUGGGACCACCGCAAAUGGGCUCUCCUCGGACUGGGCCACCACAGAUGGGUUCUCCUCGAACUGGGCCACCACAAAUGAGCUCUCCUAGAACGGGACCACCGCAAAUGGGCUCUCCUAGAAUGGGACCACCGCAAAUGGGCUCACCCCGUAUGGGUCCGACCCAAAUGAAUCAGUCACGACCAGAGCAGCAAAGAAGAGACAGAGAAGAAAAUACACAAGAGCAACAAAUGUCUGAUGAGGAAGAUGAAGUCUUCGACAAAGAAGCUGAGAUAGCCAAAGCGAAGGAAAAGAUAAGGCAAGCAUUUGCUGAUGUAGAAAGAGAGAAGAACCAAGCCUCUAAUCCCCAAGCUAAUACGACGGUGCCCGAGCCGCGUAUUCAAGAGACAGUCGCGCCUAGACCAGUCAGAAAUAUUGUAAGGCCUGCUGGUGGGCUACCGACUGGCCCAAAGAUGAGAAAGAGUUAA